CCUCUGCCACACCCUCAUGGCCCUCCACGCUCCCUUCAGAAACAAGGAGUGCUGUCACCACACAGAUGACCACCAUGGCCACCACUCCCAGCUGGCCCAGCCUCACCUCCUUAAACAGCUACCCCACCGUCAGCUUGUCCACGACUGACAUCUCUUUACCUCCUGUCAGUUCAGACACCACAGGGACCCUCACACACACAAUUCCAUCAACACAUAGCUCAGGCCUGCCCACCAUGACAGACACAGCUCUCACCUCCUCAUCCAUGGGAUUCACGGAGCCCUUGACCACAGCGUCACACACUGCCACCCUCACAGUUCCCAGCCUGUCUCCUACUGACUCCACCCCAUCUAAGCCCACCAGCGGGGACACUGCAACCACUCUUGUCUACACAGCCCACACCACGAGCAGUGUGACAGCUGUCCCCUUCAGUACUGGAAACUCUCCACCUCCCCUUGCCUCGAGCUCCCCUGCUGCAUCUGCCUUCUCCUCAACCAUCUCUGCCAGUACAGUUGGGACCACACAGAGUGUCAGUGUCCCCUCAGCUCCAACCAUCACCCAUACACUGCCCUCCACACUUGAGUCCACCCGGACACCCACAGCCCUCACAACACUCACAACUCCCACCUCUGUAGAGACUUCCCUUCCUCCCUCGGCUGUGACUGGGACAGAUCAACCCCCUUUCCCCAGCCUUGCUGCCACUUCCACUGGGAAAACCACAGAGAAUGCUGCCACAGGCCUUCCUACAGAGUCCCUCACAACAUACACAGCCGGGAGUUCCCAACCACAUCCUCAGUCACUGUCACAGGCCCACUCACCAUGGCAGAUCCACAGUCCCUUCCCAUGUCACCUCCGAGCAUGGGGACCCUCACACACGAGUACAGCACUGUCCUCUAUGUCUGUCUCUGGUUCACAGUCAGAUGCCACUGGCAGUGUGUCCAGCUCCCCAUUGUCUGCCUCGGUGACCUCACUCCCAAGCACUAAUGCCACAUCUGCAGCUACACCUCAGGUCACCUCCCCCUACUCUGUUAGUAGCUCUGUUACCCAAUCACCUUCCCACACCACUUCACCCACCUCCACCUUAGCCACAAGGACAACAGACACCUCUGCCACACACACAGGGCCCUCCAUGCUCCCUUCAGAAACAAGGAGUACUGUCACCACACAGAUGACCACCAUGGCCACCACUCUCAGCUGGCCCAGCCUCACCUCCUUAAACAGCUACCCCACCGUCAGCUUGUCCACGACUGAUAUCUCUUUACCUCCUGUCAGUUCAGACACCACAGGGACCCUCACACACACAAUUCCAUCAACACAUAGCUCAGGCCUGCCCACCAUGACAGACACAGCUCUCACCUCCUCAUCCAUGGGCUUCACAGCGCCCUUGACCACAGUGUCACACACUGCCACCCUCACAGUUCCCAGCCUGUCUCCUACUGACUCCACCCCAUCUAAGCCCACCAGCGGGGACACUGGAACCACUCUUGUCUACACAGCCCACAGCACUGCCUCUGCUCUGACGGGAAACACUCCUGUUCAGUCCCUGGGCACGAGUAUUCCGGUCACUCCUGUGUUCUCCUCAGCCGCGGAGGGCAGCACUCCUGGGACUACACAGAGCGGACAUGAGCCUUCAGCUCCAACACUUCUGCACACAUUGUACACAACUGCUGUCUCCACCCCACCACCCACGAUCACAGACUCCUCGUCUCCAGAAGGGAGCCCUCCUACAGCAGUGAGUGGAGCAGGACGGCCGUCCUCCCCUAGCCCAGCUGCUACAUCCAGUGGGGAAGCCACACUGACGCCUCAUACAGACCUCACCACAGAAUCUCCCCAGACACAAACACCCUCCGCUCCACCAACCACGUCUUCAGUCACCCACACUGGUACUCUGGCUUCUGGCUCUCCUAUCCCUUCUUCUCCAGGGACCAGCAGUGCUCUGACUUCCACAGCAAACGGGGUUCUGCCCUCUGUGUCUGACUCAAGCACAAAACUAGUCACAGCUGGCCCCACACUCAGCACGACGAUAUCUGCCUUGGAGACCACACUCCCAGUUACACAAGCGACAUCUGCAGCUACACCUGAGGUGACCUCCCCCAACUCUGUCAGUAGCUCUGUUACCCAUUCCCCAUCCCACACCACUUCUCCCACCUCCACCUUAGGUACAAGUUCCCAAGACAACUCUGCCACACCCUCAUGGCCUUCCACGCUCCCUUCAGAAACAAGCAGGGCUGUCACCACACAGAUGACCACCAUGGCCACCACUCCCAGCUGGCCCAGCCUCACCUCCUUAAACAGCUACCCCACUGUCAGCUUGUCCACGACUGACGUCUCUUUACCUCCUGUCAGUUCAGACACCACAGGGACCCUCACACACACAAUUCCAUCUUCACAUAGCUCAGGCCUGCCCACCAUGACAGACACAGCUCUCACCUCCUCAUCCAUGGGCUUCACGGCGCCCUUGACCACAGCGUCACACACUGCCACCCUCACAGUUCCCAGCCUGUCUCCUACUGACUCCACCCCAUCUAAGCCCACCAGCGGGGACACUGGAACCACUCUUGUCUACACAGCCCACACCACGAGCAGUGUGACAGCUGUCCCCUGCAGUACUGGAAACUCUCCACCUCCCCUUGCCUUGAGCUCCCCUGCUGCAUCUGCCUUCUCCUCAACCAUCUCUGCCAGUACAGUCGGGCCCACACAGAGUGUCAGUGUCCCCUCAGCUCCAACCAUCACCCAUACACUGCCCUUCACACCUGAGUCCACCCAGACGCCCACAGCCCUCACAACACUCACAACUCCCACCUCUGUAGAGACUUCCCUUCCUCCCUCGGCUGUGACUGGGACAGAUCAACCCCCUUUCCCCAGCCUCGCUGCCACUUCCACUGGGAAAACCACAGAGAAGGCUGCCACAGGCCUUCCUACAGAGUCCCUCACGACAUACACAGCCGGGAGUUCCCCAGUCACAUCCUCGGUCACUGUCACAGGCCCACUCACCUAUGGUAGAUCCACAGUGUCUUCCCAUGUCACCUCCGAAAUGGGGACCUCACACACGAGUACAACACAGUCCUCUAUGUCUGUCUCUGGUUCACAGUCAGAUGCCACUGGCAGUGUGUCCAGCUCCCCAUUGUCUGCCUUGGUGACCUCAUUCCCAAGCACUAAUGCCACAUCUGCAGCUACACCUCAGGUCACCUCCCCCUACUCUGUCAGUAGCUCUGUUACCCAAUCACCUACCCACACCACUUCUCCUAUCUCCACCUUAGCCACAAGGACUACAGACACCUCUGCCACACCCUCAUGGCCUUCCACGCUCCCUUCAGAAACAAGCACCACACAGAUGACCACCAUGGCCACCACUCCCAGCUGGCCCAGCCUCACCUCCUUAAACAGCUACCCCACCGUCAGCUUGUCCACGACUGACAUCUCUUUACCUCCUGUCAGUUCAGACACCACAGGGACCCUCACACACACAAUUCCAUCUUCACAUAGCUCAGGCCUGCCCACCAUGACAGACACAGCUCUCACCUCCUCAUCCAUGGGCCUCACGGCGCCCUUGACCACAGUGUCACACACUGCCACCCUCACAGUUCCCAGCCUGUCUCCUACUGACUCCACCCCAUCUAAGCCCACCAGCGGGGACACUGGAACCACUCUUGUCUACACAGCCCACAGCACUGCCUCUGCUCUGACGGGAAACACUCCUGUUCAGUCCCUGGGCACGAGGAUUCCGGUCACUCCUGUGUUCUCCUCAGCCGCGGAGGGCAGCACUCCUGGGACUACACAGAGCGGACAUGAGCCUUCAGCUCCAACACUUCUGCACACAUUGUACACAACUGCUGUCUCCACCCCACCACCCACGAUCACAGACUCCUCGUCUCCAGAAGGGAGCCCUCCUACAGCAGUGAGUGGAGCAGGACGGCCGUCCUCCCCUAGCCCAGCUGCUACAUCCAGUGGGGAAGCCACACUGACGCCUCAUACAGACCUCACCACAGAAUCUCCCCAGACACAAACACCCUCCGCUCCACCAACCACGUCUUCAGUCACCCACACUGGUACUCUGGCUUCUGGCUCUCCUAUCCCUUCUUCUCCAGGGACCAGCAGUGCUCUGACUUCCACAGCAAACGGGGUUCUGCCCUCUGUGUCUGACUCAAGCACAAAACUAGUCACAGCUGGCCCCACACUCAGCACGACGAUAUCUGCCUUGGAGACCACACUCCCAGUUACACAAGCGACAUCUGCAGCUACACCUGAGGUGACCUCCCCCGACUCUGUCAGUAGCUCUGUUACCCAUUCCCCAUCCCACACCACCUCUCCCACCUCCACCUUAGGUACAAGUUCCCCAGACACCUCUGCCACACCCUCAUGGCCCUCCACGCUCCCUUCAGAAACAAGCAGGGCUGUCACCACACAGAUGACCACCAUGGCCACCACUCCCAGCUGGCCCAGCCUCACCUCCUUAAACAGCUACCCCACUGUCAGCUUGUCCACGACUGACAUCUCUUUACCUCCUGUCAGUUCAGAGACCACGGGGACCCUCACACACACAAUUCCAUCUUCACAUAGCUCAGGCCUGCCCACCAUGACAGACACAGCUCUCACCUCCUCAUCCAUGGGCUUCACAGCGCCCUUGACCACAGCGUCACACACUGCCACCCUCACAGUUCCCAGCCUGUCUCCUACUGACUCCACCCCAUCUAAGCCCACCAGCGGGGACACUGGAACCACUCUUGUCUACACAGCCCACACCACGAGCAGUGUGACAGCUGUCCCCUGCAGUACUGGAAACUCUCCACCUCCCCUUGCCUCGAGCUCCCCUGCUGCAUCUGCCUUCUCCUCAACCAUCUCUGCCAGUACAGUCGGGCCCACACAGAGUGUCAGUGUCCCCUCAGCUCCAACCAUCACCCAUACACUGCCCUUCACACCUGAGUCCACCCAGACGCCCACAGCCCUCACAACACUCACAACUCCCACCUCUGCAGAGACUUCCCUUUCUCCCUCGGCUGUGACUGGGACAGAUCAACCCCCUUUCCACAGCCUCGCUGCCACUUCCACUGGGAAAACCACAGAGAAGGCUGCCACAGGCCUUCCUACAGAGUCCCUCACGACAUACACAGCCGGGAGUUCCCCAGUCACAUCCUCGGUCACUGUCACAGGCCCACUCACCUAUGGUAGAUCCACAGUGUCUUCCCAUGUCACCUCCGAAAUGGGGACCUCACACACAAGUACAACACAGUCCUCUAUGUCUGUCUCUGGUUCACAGUCAGAUGCCACUGGCAGUGUGUCCAGCUCCCCAUUGUCUGCCUUGGUGACCUCAUUCCCAAGCACUAAUGCCACAUCUGCAGCUACACCUCAGGUCACCUCCCCCUACUCUGUUAGUAGCUCUGUUACCCAAUCACCUUCCCACACCACUUCACCCACCUCCACCUUAGCCACAAGGACAACAGACACCUCUGCCACACACACAGGGCCCUCCAUGCUCCCUUCAGAAACAAGGAGUGCUGUCACCACACAGAUGACCACCAUGGCCACCACUCUCAGCUCGCCCAGCCUCACCUCCUUAAACAGCUACCCAACCGUCAGCUUGUCCACGACUGACAUCUCUUUACCUCCUGCCAGUACAGAGACCGAGGAGACCAUAACACACACAAUUCCAUCAUCACAUAGCUCAGGCCUGCCCACCAUGACAGACACAGCUCUCACCUCCUCAUCCAUUGGCUUCACGGCGCCCUUGACCACAGCGUCACACACUGCCACCCUCACAGUUCUCAGCCUGUCUCCUACUGACUCCACCCCAUCUAAGCCCACCAGCGGGGACACUGCAACCACUCUUGUCUACACAGCCCACACCACGAGCAGUGUGACAGCUGCCCCCUUCAGUACUGGAAACUCUCCACCUCCCCUUGCCUCGAGCUCCCCUGCUGCAUCUGCCUUCUCCUCAACCAUCUCUGCCAGUCCAGUUGGGACCACACAGAGUGUCAGUAUCCCCUCAGCUCCAACCAUCACCCAUACAGUGCCCUCCACACCUGAGUCCACCCGGACGCCCACAGCCCUCACAACACUCACAACUCCCACCUCUGCAGAGACUUCCCUUUCUCCCUCGGCUGUGGUAACCACUUUUGCUACCUUGAUCUCUUCUACACCCACAGUGAUAAUGUCUGCCUCCCAGUCUUUUCCGGCUACUAGACCAGUGCUAAGUACUACUGCUGGGUCUCUUUCUCCCUUCUCCCUUAGCUCCAGUACAGAAGCUAUAACCUCCUCUCUAGCGACAUCCCUUCCUCCUUCUUCAACCACCAGAACGUCUCCAACCACCUCCCCGCUCUCCACAGCUCAGACCCAAUCAACCCCUUUCUCUUAUAUCUCUCUCCCUUCUACUACACCCUGUCCAGAAACCAUCACCAUCACCAUAGUCCCCAGCUCUCCCUCGACUCCAUGUGUUGACAUCAAUCCUAGUACCGGGGUGACUUCUGCUCCCAUCACCCCGUUCUCAGUCAUCCCCUCUUCCACCAAAAUGGUUACGUCCUCCAGUUACACCAGUGAAAGACCAUUCCUCCCCACGCAUUUGGAUACCCCUACCAUGACACCAGAAACAGAGCCCCCAGACACCGUCACGGAUGCUCCUAGCUCGACGGACACGAGGACAAUAGUUACAGACACAGUUUUCGUUAGCACCUCAGCAGCCACCAGGGACAACCAGUUGAGUGCCACCUCUGUCACCACCCCAAAUAUGCUCGACUCCAUCAGCGUCCCCUCAAGCCUGAAACCAAGCAACAGUGCUCCAAUGACCGCAACGUCAAGCAAGGCGAUCUACCCUGUUCUGUCGACCACAAAGACGCCAGAGACAUCGGUGUCCACCACGAAGCCCCCUACCACUCUUACAUCGAGAUCAACCUCAACCUCUACUCCGACGACUACACCGGCGAGCUUGACCACGACCCCAGGCAUUUGUGACAAUGGUGGCACUUGGGAGGAGGACCGGUGCAUUUGCCUUCCUGGCUUCUCUGGAGACCACUGUCAAGAUCUGGAUAACAGAUGCCAGAAUGGGGGUUCAUGGAAUGGCAUCAGGUGUGUCUGCCCCAGCACCUUCCAGGGGUCUUUCUGUGAGCUGCCAGUGGAGCAGUUAGAAAUAGACACAGUGGACACUGAAGUGGGCAUGGAGGUAGCUGUGGAGCAGGAAUUCUCUCCGGACCUCGAAGACAACACUUCCAAGGCCUACAGAGACUUCAGCAAUGCCUUCCAGGGUCAGAUGCAGAAGAUUUACCAGGCCGUUCAAGGCUUCCAGGGUGUGGAAAUCCUGUCCUUGAGGAGGGGCAGUAUUGUGGUAGACUACCGGGUGCUGCUGAAGCUGUCCUUCAGCCCCCAGCUGAAGAGCGACUAUGAGAAGGUGAAGACAGUGCUGAAGGAGGAGCUGCAGAGCGCCAGUCAAGAUGGUGACAGCUGUCAGAACAACCAGACCCUGUGUUUUAAGUCCGACUCCAUCAAAGUGAACAAUGGCACUGAGAAAGAGCUGACCCCAGAAGCCAUCUGUCACCGAACUGCCCCCAAGGACUUUGAGGAACACUAUUUUCCUUUGGUGGAGCUGAGCAGGCUCCGCUGCGUCACCAAUUGCACACCUGGAUUGAAUGGCACCAUCAAUUGCAACCAGGGACAGUGUUUUCUGCAGAAGAGUGGUCCAACCUGUCGCUGCUUCUCCACAGACACAUACUGGGUCUCAGGACCACGCUGUGAGGUGACGGUUGACUGGAGGGUGUUGGUUGGAGGCCUGGUGGGGGCUGCCAUAGUGCUGCUGCUGUUACUGGUGGCCUUAAGUGUCUGGGUGGCACAUUCUCGGGCAAGAGGCAAGGACCGCCAGCUCUCGGGCAGGACCUGGACCAAGGACAGGAAAUGGUUUGAGAUCUGGGAUGAAGACAUCGCGGGGACUUUUUCCAAAAGGGGCUUCCAGGAUGCCCCACCAGUCACUAAUGAAAACUUCUACGUUGCCUUGGAGAAUGUGGAUACCAACAUGGCGGUGAGGUCACAACCUUCCCGAACUUGAAUCCUCUGUUUCUUCUCUGUCUAGGCAGUUGGCUGGGUUGGGAACAGGCAAUGGCUUCUCUCAGCUGGUUCUCUGAGUAGUCUCUACUCUCAAUGUUCCUUCUGUGGCAGGUUCACAUCCAGAGACCCGAGUUGACUUUAUCACCCUCAGCAGCAAUAGCAUCACCACCACCAUCAUCACCAUCA